AUGCCUCCUCCCACCAACCCGACCUACAUCAAGCCCGCCCAGAUACCCGACGCCUCGCCCGCACAGCUCGAACCCAUCCUCCUCCGCCUCCUCGAGUGCCCGCGCCAGCUCCUCCCCGACCUCGCAAAUGACUGCGCAACCGCCAUCGCAGACCUGCCCGACGAGGACAGGCCACGCUCCUAUGAGGGCCUCUGCGACGUCGCCCGCUUCUGCGUAGAAGACGAGCCCGGCUGGGACACGCCAAAGCGCGCCCUCUUUAUCGGCGGACACCCGCGCAUCGGCGCACCCAUCACCGCCAACACUGCCGAGCUCAGCGAAGAGAGCAGAAAGGAACAGCUCAAGGGCGGCCAGGUCGACCCCGCCACGCUGGAGCGGCUCGCACGCCUCAACGCCCUCUAUGAGGCUCGCUAUCCGGGCCUCCGCUUCGUCACCUACGUAGCCGGACGAUCCCGCGCCGCCGUCGCAGACGAGCUCGCCGCCAACCUCGGUGCCGGCAUCGCAGACCUCGCCGCUCCCUCUGACCUGCCCGCCGACCAGGUCAGGCCUCAGGGCACGCACGAGUGGCAGUCGGAGCUCGACCGCGCCUCGGAUGCGCUCUGGGAGAUUGCCACCGACCGUGCCGGAAAGCUCACCAACGAAGUCGAGUCACAGCCACCGGCCGGUCCUGACGCCGACGGCGGACCAGCACAGCAGGGUGAGAAGACAACGACAACGACAGCGGCAGCAGCGGAAGCGGCGGCAGCGGCCGACGCGACGACGAAGACAUCAGCCUCUGAAGCGCCGCCAUCCGGAUCGGCUCUCGGGACCAGUACCGCCGCCAGGUCCGACGCCGUCGUCGGACAGGACGUCCCCUUUCUCUCGCUCGCCGCCUUCCGCAUGCUCGUCCUCUCGUCGCCCGUGCUCGAGUCGUUUUUCGAGUCGGACCUCACACCCUCCUUCUACCUGGAACCCGUACAACGUUCGCAGAGCGGCGGCGCCUACGCCUGGCACACGGCUCCCACCCUUCCCGGCGCACCCCGUGCGGUUCCCGGAGCGGCGGCACCGGCAGCGGCGACUGCGGCAACGGGGGCCACCAAGGACGCCGGCGGGUGGGCGGCGGCGGAAGCAAGCUAUAGCCGCGACGUGACGAGCGGCGCGCGGGGCAAGGUGGUCGGCUUCCUCGGCGGCCUGCUGGGAGAGGAGGGCAAGGCCAAGAUGACGGCCCUCGCCGACCAGGUGGGCCAGCGGCUGCAGACGCACACCGUCAGCGGGCCCAAGCCGUCGUUUGGGCGCAAGGAGACGCUCGACGGCGGCAAGAUGGACACGCAGGAGCUGCGGGACAAGGAGGCCGAGGAGCGGCGGCGCGUACAGGAGGAGCGCAAGGGCUCGCUGGGCAGUCGGCUGGCCAAUGCGCUCCGCGGACCGCAGAGGAUGGGGGCCGCGGAUCCGUCCUCGACAUUGGCGUCGGCGUCAUCGUCCUCGGCCUCGGCCUCGGCCUCUCCCGGAGGUGGCGGCGGGGCGGACGAGAGGGGCAGGACAAUAGACCGACGUCCCUCUGGCGGCGCACCCUCGACGACAACGACAACGGCCGAAGAAAGGCAGAGGAAGAGGAUGAGUCUUCGCGGCACCGACCUGGCGACGUCCGGACCGCUCGCCGCGGCCGAGACGCUGCGGGCGGCGCAGGCCGCGCUGGUCGAGGAGCGACCUGCGUUUGUCAUCGAUGAGGUCGGCGCGAACGGCGAAGAGGAGGAGGAGGAGGAUGAGGAGGAGGGGGAGGAGGGGGAAGGCGGUGCCGAAGAGGCGGUGGGCGUAUCGCCGGAAGACGAGGGGGAGGCGCAGGGCCUGCUGCGGGGCAAGGAGGCCGCCAUGGCAAAGGAGCUGCGCCAGGCUGCGCCCCAGUAG